AAAAGAAAAGAGCAUGCUGAUGCUGUAAUGAGAGAAAAUCACAAGUUGAGGACAUGGAGGAAGAGAAGGAAACUUAAACCAUGUCAUGACAGAUACAUGAGAAAGCCGAAAUCUUUGAAAACUUAUAGGCAACGUUCAUCCAAGACUCGCAGAGUUAAUGUAACCGUCUCGAAGAAUCAGAUCCGAGAAGCAGAAUCAAGCAAAUCCCUGGAGAAUUUACCGUUUCCAGUGAUGUCAGGCUAUGUUUCUGAAGUUGAUUUACCCAUCAUUGACCAGCAUGCUCUCUUUCAGCUUGAGAAUGUCAACAUUGGUGGAUAUCCUGCGUUUUCUGUUUAG